GACCUGUCCUCGGCGGCACCUGCGGACGGCCAGCAACGGCGUCAACGGGUCGAGGCCGUCUCCAGGCGCCGGGCAAUUGGCCACGUCGGACUCGCAAUUGGCCAGCAUCGAGCGUAUGCUGAAGGCGCUGGUGAAACAGUGCGAUUUCAUACCUGCCAGAGCGUCGGUUGCGUCUGUGUUGACGGUGAUCCUUUAAAUAUAGGCAAAGGGGAGUGGCCAGACAGGAACAAAGUGGUCGGGAAACUGGGAAAAACGGAAAGAUUAUCCUUUCACAGACUGGACAGAGGCAGCCAAUCACGAGGCCGGACGCAGGCAGCAUUUCCAGUUGGCGUCGCAAAGACACUGCGCAUCCCUCGGACACAGACGGUCGGUCAGACCGCGCGGUCGACACAAUUCGGCCUUUGGACAAACCGGUCAAGGGAUAAGGCUGUCGACCAAUCAGAAUGCAGCGGCCUAGUUUGCCCGCCUCCUAUUGGUUGGUCUCAACAUCCCCUACCGCUGGCCUCGCCACCCCUCUUCUCCAGGCAGUACAGCCCCGUAUGGCAAGGGCAAACGGACUGGGCUGGCCGAAUUAACUGGCCCAGGCUGGUACAGAGUGCUUGA